CCCCAUCAUGGUGGCACAGAGCCCAUAGCCUCUACUAUUAAGGAGGUCAGGAUUUUGGAGAGCGCCGAAGACAUCCAGGAAAGAAGAGAACAGGUGCUGAGUCGUUAUGGUGAGUUCAAGAAGGAAGCUCGUAACAAGCGUGAGAAAUUGGAGGAUUCUCGAAGAUUCCAAUAUUUCAAGAGAGACUCCGAUGAACUGGAAAGCUGGAUUCACGAAAAACUGCAGGCUGCUUCCGAUGAAAGCUACAAAGAUCCCACCAAUUUGCAGGCUAAGAUCCAGAAACACCAGGCUUUCGAGGCUGAAGUAGCUGCUCACAGCAAUGCUAUUGUUGUCCUGGACAACACUGGUACUGAAAUGAUCAGCCAGGGACAUUUUGCUUCUGAUACUAUUCGUAACAGACUAGAUGAAUUACAUCGCUUGUGGGAAUUGUUGGCUGAGAAGGGAAUGAAAUUGCAACAGGCUUUGGUUCUUGUUCAAUUCUUGAGACAUUGUGGAGAGGUUUUGUUCUGGGUUCAUGACAAAGAAGCCUUCGUUACAGCUGAAGAAUUCGGUUCAGAUUUGGAACACGUCGAAGUUUUGCAAAGAAAAUUCGAUGAAUUCCAAAAGGACAUGGCAUCUCAAGAAUAUCGUUUUGCUGAAGUAAACGAUAUGGCUGAUAGACUCGUUUUGGAAGGACAUCCCGAGAGAGACACCAUUUUGAAGAAGAAAGAAGAGUUGAAUGAAGCCUGGCAACGUCUUAAACAGCUGGCUCUGAUGCGACAAGAGAAGCUCUUCGGGGCUCAUGAGAUCCAACGCUUUAACAGAGAUGCUGAUGAGACCGUAGCCUGGAUUUCAGAGAAGGAUGUUGUUUUAUCUUCAGAUGAUUAUGGAAAGGACUUGGCCAGCGUGCAGACUCUGCAAAGAAAACACGAGGGAGUUGAGAGAGAUUUGGCAGCUUUGGAAGAUAAGGUUUCUACUUUGGGUGAUGAAGCCCAACGUCUCUGCUCAAUCCAUGCUGAUCACAGCGAGCAAACCAAAUCCAAGCAGAAGGAAAUCGAGGAUUACUGGCAGAGUCUCACUGCCAAGGCAAAGGAACGUAAGAAGAAGUUGGACGAGUCUUAUUUCUUGCACAGAUUCUUGGCUGAUUUCAGAGACUUGAUUUCCUGGAUUAAUGGUAUGCGUGCUGUUAUUUUGGCCGAUGAGCUAGCUAAGGACGUUGCUGGAGCUGAAGCUUUGUUAGAACGUCACCAGGAACAUAAGGGUGAAAUUGAUGCCCGUGAAGACAGUUUCCGUAGCACUUUAGAUGCCGGUUCCAAACUUUUAGAUCGCGAACAUUAUGCCUCAGGUGAAGUCCAAGAAAAAUUAGGAGCCCUAACCGAUGCCAAGGCUUCUCUUCUGGCUUUGUGGGAAGAACGCAGAGUUUUAUAUGAGCAAUGUAUGGAUUUGCAACUGUUCUAUCGUGAUACAGAACAGGCUGACACCUGGAUGGCUAAACAAGAAGCAUUCUUGGCUAACGAGGACUUGGGAGAUUCAUUGGAUUCGGUGGAAGCAUUAAUCAAGAAGCACGAAGACUUUGAAAAGAGUCUUGCGGCACAAGAAGAGAAAAUCAAAGCCCUUGAUGAGUUUGCCAGCAAAUUGAUUGAAGGAGAACAUUAUUCAGCUGAAGAUGUAGCCGAUAGAAGAAAGAUGCUGUUGGCAAGAAGAUCGGCUCUUCUGGAGAAAUCUGCACAUCGUCGUGGACUACUUGAAGAUUCAUUCAGGCUGCAACAAUUUGAAAGGGAUUGCGACGAGACUAAGGGAUGGAUUAAUGAGAAAAUCAAGUUUGCAACUGAUGACAGCUAUUUAGAUCCAACCAAUAUCAAUGGCAAAGUCCAAAAACACCAAAACUUCGAACAAGAACUAAACGCCAACAAGUCUCGUAUGGAAGACAUCACGAAUACUGGACACAGCUUAAUAGAAGCAAACCAUUAUGCAGCUCCUCAAAUCGAAGCCAGGAUGAGUGAAAUUGCAGGAUUGUGGGAAGCUCUGGUUAAUGCCACUGAUAAGAAAGGAUGUAAAUUGCAAGAGGCUUCUCAACAACAACAAUUCAACCGUACAAUUGAAGAUGUCGAGCUCUGGUUGUCCGAAAUCGAAGGCCAACUGUUGUCUGAAGACUACGGCAAAGAUUUGACCAGUGUGCAGAACCUGCAGAAGAAACACGCUUUGCUUGAGGCUGAUGUAGGAGCCCAUAAUGACAGAAUUGAUGGAAUCAAGUUAUCAGCUGGUCAAUUCGUCGAAGGUGGUCACUUCGACGCAGACAACAUUCGCGCAAAAGAAGUGGCCCUGGCUGAAAGAUACCAGGCCCUGCAUGCACCCAUGGCUCAACGCAAAAAGCGUCUCCUGGACAGCUUGCAGGCUCAACAAUUGUUUAGAGAUUUAGAUGAUGAAGCUGCUUGGAUCAGAGAAAAGGAACCAGUUGCUGCAUCUACUAACCGAGGACGAGACUUGAUCGGUGUGCAGAAUUUGAUGAAGAAACAUCAAGCUGUUUUGGCUGAAAUUAAUAAUCACGAAGCUCGUAUGGCUGCAGUUCUUGUUGCCGGAGCCCAAAUGAUCGAUGAACAACAUUUUGCUGCUCCUGAAAUCAAACAGCGAAUGGAUCAACUAGAAGAGCAAUGGAACCAGCUCAAGGAAAAGGCUUUGAAACGCAAACAGGACCUAGAAGAUUCUUUACAAGCCCAUCAAUACUUUGCUGAUGCAAACGAGGCCGAAUCCUGGAUGAGGGAGAAGGAACCAAUCGUCUGCAAUCAGGAUUAUGGUAAAGAUGAGGAUAGUUCUGAAGCACUUUUGAAGAAACACGAAGCUUUGGUCAGCGAUUUGGAGGCUUUUGGAAAUACUAUUGAGGGGUUGAAGGAGCAGGCUGCCAAUUGCAGACAACAGCAAACACCAGUUGUUGAUGUUACUGGCAAGGAAUGUGUUGUGGCUUUAUACGACUACACUGAAAAGAGCCCUCGUGAGGUCUCAAUGAAGAAAGGAGAUGUCCUCACUUUGCUCAAUUCUAACAAUAAAGAUUGGUGGAAAGUUGAAGUCAAUGACAGACAAGGUUUUGUACCUGCUGCUUAUGUUAAAAAGAUCGAAGCAGGUUUGAGUGCCAGUCAGCAAAAUUUGGUCGACAGCAGUUCUAUUGGAGCUCGGCAAACCCAAAUUAACAACCAGUACGCUAAUUUGUUGGGUCUUGCCAAAGAUAGGCAACACAAAUUGAAUGAAACCGUAAAAGCAUACGUACUUGUCAGAGAAGCUGCUGAAUUAGCUACUUGGAUCAAGGAUAAGGUAAUAUAUUUUUAA